AAUGGGAAGUGUGAUUUGCUGUACUACGCUCACUGUUUUGCAGUAGAGUCUGUAUACAUGCAAGUGGAGGUGAGAGUAAUGAAUCUUAAGGUUGAGUGUAGUGCACUUACCUUGAGAACGUCUUACGAAGAGUAGGUUUGCGUUUCUCUCAGCAUGAUCGACAGGAAAGGACGGUAGUCCUAGAAAGAAUUGAUGUAUCAGUUCCAGCCCUUGCUUUGGUCUUGUUUUUAAAAUGGAAACUGUACACAAAGGAGAGCAUUUCAAGGGUCUGGUAUCUGCAGAACCUGAUCCUGCAAAAACCCAUUUCCGUGUUUGUCGUUUUAUCUUAGAGGCCGGAAUUAAGUUGGGAAUGCAUUCCGUUCCAAUUGCCACAGCAUGCACCAUUUACCACCGCUUCUUUCAGACUUGCACCCUCGAGGUAUAUGAGCCUUAUUUAGUAGCCAUGUCGGCUAUCUACCUAGCAGGCAAAGUGGAGGAACAGCACUUACGCACACGGGACAUCAUCAAUGUUUGCCACAGGUACCUCAAUUCAAAGAGUGACCCACUAGAACUGGAUACCCACUUUUGGGAUUUGAGAGAUAGUAUUGUCCAGUGUGAAUUAUUAGUUUUGCGAGUGCUAAACUUCCAAGUUUCAUUUCAACAUCCUCACAAGUUCCUUCUUCAUUACCUCAUCUCCUUGAAGAACCUGAUGAACCGCCAUGCGUGGGCUCGCACUCCUAUUACUGUGACAGCAUGGGCACUACUGAGAGACAGUUACCAUGGCACCCUAUGUCUGCGAUAUCCUCCCCAGCAUAUUGCUGUGGCUGUCCUAUACCUGGCAUUGCAGACUUACGGAGUUGAUGUCCUAGGAGGCACCGAAUCAGGGAAGCAAUGGUGGCAGGUUUUCAGUGAAGACAUAACAAAGCCUACUAUUGAUAAUAUCAUCUCAGAACUUACACAGCUGUAUGACAUGGACAGUAAAUGUACUUGAAUAUAAAACUACACCGUGGAUUUAAAGCUGAAACCUUACUUGGCUAUGUAGGUGCCAAGGUACCUUAACCCAACACAUUGCAAUAUAUAACGGUAAAAGUGAAAGCUGCACCUCACACAUUCUAUGGAGAUCAAACAGCCAAAUGUCACGGGGGAUUGAGAAGAAAGA